AUGUUUGUGAAAAUUAAUUCUCAUUAAAAUUUUGUUGAAUACUAUGCAUAUAAAGAAUUAAUAGGAUAAAUUGACUAGGCUUAUAAAGUGAUAUAGACUGAGUAUAAGUCAUAAAUUAGAUACUAAAAUAACGAAUGAAGAAAGAAGACUAACAAAAAACUAUUACAAGAAACAUACAUUUUAAUCGAUAUUAUCAUUUCAUAACUAAUUGAAAAUACUAGUAUAGAUUCUUUAUAGAUAUUGUAUAAUUAUUCAAUCUUAUAUAACUACAGGAAAUUUACUAAGAUGAUAAUUCAUAUAAUCUUAUUAGUGAAUACAGAGAGGGCUAAACAUUAUUUGUAGUAGAAGGUCGAGAAUUAUUUGUAAAAAUUAAGAUAGCUUAAAUUUUGACUGAAAAAGAAUUUGGCAUUUAAUUUAAAUAAAUUCUUUCUGCACACCAUGAAUAUUAAAAUACAAAAUAAUUAUUAUUAUUAAAUUACAAAAAGAUCUAAAACCAUCUUAUAUUUAUUAAUUAUGAAACGUAAAAAUUGAAAACAAUGAAAAAUUAAGAAAAAAUAUUGGAACUCUAUUGA